UUGUUUUAUACUAUAUUUUUCCAUCAUUGGGUGGAUUCUUAAAAAGGAUCUAUAAAAAGAUUUAGGUUCUCUCUGUUGGGAUUCCUUUGUUUCACUCUCUCAACUUGAAAGAAAAAAUAAUAAUAACCCUAAUGGAUUCAUGCAAUGAUGGUGGUGCUAAAGGGGUUUCUACGCCUGUGAAAGGAGAUGAUGGUGACUCUCUUAAGUCUUUGGCUUCAAUAGUGACGAGUGUUGGAAGUUUUAGAGACAAUAAAAAUCAGUAUGUUCGAGCCGAUUCGAUUAAUCUUAGGACGUUUGGUGUGGAGCUAGAGAAGAUGAACUACAAUCUAUCUUGGUCAUUGGAGCCUCAAUUACACAAGAAAGAAGAGUGGAGAAUCGAUGUGUCUAGAUUGGAAUUAAAACAUGUCAUUGCUCAAGGCACUUAUGGUACUGUUUACAGAGGUGUCUACGAUGGUCAAGAUGUUGCAGUGAAGUUACUGGAUUGGGGAGAAGGUGGUAUUGCCAUAACUGCUGCUACUGCUUCUCUUAGGGCUUCUUUUCGACAAGAGGUGUCUGUUUGGCAUAAGCUUGACCAUCCAAACGUUACAAAGUUCAUAGGAGCUUCAAUGGGAACUUCGAAGCUCAAAGUUCCUUCUACCAACUCCCUCAAUGAAUCUCGAUUUUCAUGUCCUUCAAACGCUUGUUGUCUUGUUGCUGAGUACCUUCCUGGUGGUACACUAAAAAACUAUUUAUACAAGAAUAGGAGAAAGAAAAUCUCCUUUAUGAUCGUCAUUCAACUUGCAUUGGAUAUGGCUAGAGGUCUGAGUUACCUUCAUUCACAAAGUAUGGUACACCGCGAUGUAAAAACUGAAAAUAUGUUAUUAGACACUCGUAGAACUCUUAAAAUUGCUGAUUUCGGUGUUGCUCGAGUUGAAGCUCAGAAUCCUGAAGAUAUGACUGGAGAGACUGGUACACUUGGCUACAUGGCACCAGAGGUCGUUAAUGGGGAGCCAUACAACAGAAAAUGUGAUGUGUAUAGCUAUGGUAUAUGCUUAUGGGAAAUCUACUGCUGUGAUAUGCCUUAUCCUAAUAUGAGUUUUGCUGAUAAGUCAUCUGCAAUUGUUCUACAGAAUCUGCGACCUGAAAUCCCAAAAUACUGUCCGAAAUCAUAUGCAAGGAUCAUGAAAAAAUGUUGGGAUGCAAAUCCACAGAAACGUCCUGACAUGGCUGAUGUAGUUAGGCUGCUAGAGGCAAUUGAUACAAGCAAGGGUGGUGGCAUGAUACCUGAAGACCAAGCUCCUGGCUGCUUCUGUUUUGGCACGCCUCACGGCCCAUGAUUCUUUCUUCUCCAAUUCUAAUCUAAUUUCAUCAGAUUAUUUAUGAAAACUAGGUAGUUUAGAGCUAGAAUUGAGGCCUGGUGUUUUUCUAAAGAAGGGUCCAUAAUUCUAGAUGUCUUUGCAGUGAUUCUUUCAUAACUUAGUUCAUGGUAGUUUGGAAGAUUAGUUGACUAUUUCUGCAAUAAGUUAUGUUUCUUAGCUUUUAUGAGUUUUUAACUGAUUUUUUAAAAAUUUUAUUUUAUGGCUUUUCUUUGGUGCUUGGUCAACUUUGUGAAUGUAUGUUUGUU